CGGUCUGUGAGAACAGAACCUGCUUAUCCUGGGCAUGUACCCCUAAACUGGUUCGAGAAUGCCUUCCUAGCAGCAGGCUCCGCAUUCAUGGCUCUGAGCAGUCCUCGGCGAGGAGACAUGGUCGCAGCUCUGGGUGAGACAACUGCUGGCCCUGUGUUGCCAGUCUUGCAGGAGCGUAUGCUCGCAAGCGCAGAAGGCAGACGUAUACUCAGAGAGCGCCCACGCGUCAAUUCUAGUACAGUUGACAUGAACAAACUCGCCCAGCUUCCGGAGGGUACGUUUGGGCACACCUACGUGACCUGGCUCGAGCGGUGUGGCGUGACACCGGACACCCGCGAACCAGUACACUACAUCGACGACCCUGAACUCGCCUACGUGAUGCAACGCUACCGCGAAUGUCACGACUUCUACCACUCGCUGUGUUCCCUUCCCGUCUCUGUCGAAUACGAGAUUGCUCUCAAGUUCUUCGAAUUCGCCAAUCUUGGAUUUCCUAUGGCCGCGCUCUCCACUUUGGCCGCCGUCCGGCUCACGCCUGCCAAACGCGCACGUUUGUUCCAGGAAUACGUUCCCUGGGCUCUCAGAUGCGGUAGCUCGGCGAAAAGCCUGAUCACGGUGUACUGGGAGGAGAGGUGGUCUCAGGAUGUUGAAGAGCUCAAGAAGGAGCUUGGUGUGUGGGAUCCGCCAGUGGCGAAAUGGAGGAAACCGUUGAAAGAGGCCAGAGAGGCAGCAGAGCAGAGG